AACGACAGAUAUUUUGAAAUUUGGUCAGCGAUGGUUUGUUGUUUCUUCAUCCGUUCGGAUGGGAAGAAAGAGGGUGACAGUUUACUAGUGGGUGCGGUCUGAAGGUUGCAGCGUCUAUUCAGUGUCUGCCCCGCUGCCUGAGGCCUGUUGGAGAGAGAUGGCGUUGAAGAACGCCGUGCUCGCGGCCUGUGUCUCUCUGGUGCUAGUGGCCGUCGUCGGAGCCAUAACAAGAGCUGAAAAACAGCACUACAAAAACAAAGUGGUAGAGAUGUUCUUCCACGCCUAUAACUCUUACAUGAACUUUGCGUACCCUGCGGACGAGCUGAUGCCCCUGUCAUGUAAGGGCAGAGUGAGAGGUGUUGACAGAAGCAGAGGCUCCGUGGACGAGGCCCUGGGGAGCUUCUCUCUGACUCUGAUUGACUCACUGGACACUUUGGCAGUGCUUGGGGCACUGGAUGAGUUCAGUGAAGCGAUUCAGCUGGUUCUGAGAGACGUUCGCUAUGACAGCGACCUCGUGGUCUCCGUCUUCGAGACCAACAUCAGAGUCUUGGGAGGUCUCCUAGGAGCCCAUUUUGCAGCGGUGGCACUCAAGGAGAAAGGUCACCACCAGUUGUCGUGGUAUUCGGACCAGCUGUUGGAGAAGGCGGAGGAGGUCGGCCAGAGGUUGCUACCUGCCUUCAACACCUCCACUGGCCUCCCUUACCCCAAGAUCAAUCUACUGAGAGGCAUGGAGUAUGGAGAUGUGGACAAGACGACGUGCACUGCUUGUGCCGGGACCAACAUCCUCGAGUUUGCAGCCCUCAGUCGGCUCACUGGCAACGCCGCAUACGAGACGAAGGCUCGUAGGUCUAUGGAAGCCAUAUGGAUGGCUCGACACAGAGGUCACGACCUCGUGGGGACCACCAUUGACAUCAACAACGGGCAGUGGACCAGGAAAGACAGCGGGGUGGGUGCUGGUAUUGACUCUUACUAUGAGUACUGCCUCAAGUACUACAUUCUACUAGGAGACACUGAAUACCUACACAGAUUCAAUAAGCACUAUACAGCCAUAAAGAAGUACAUAUCCAACGGUCCACUGCUAGUAGAUGUCAACAUGGCCGCUCCCAACAAGAUGUCUCGUAGCUUCAUGGAUUCCCUUCUCGCCUUCUGGCCUGGACUCCAGGUCCUGUGGGGUGACAUUGGAGCUGCCAUCCACACCCACGACAUGCUGUACCACGUCACACAGAGACACAACUUCCUUCCUGAGGCCUUCACACUGGAUUUCAAGGUCCACUGGGGCCAGCAUCCUCUGAGACCCGAAUUCAUUGAGAGCACCUACUUCCUCUAUAUGGCAACUGGGGAUCCUUACUAUCUCGACGUGGGGAAGACGGUGAUCGACAAUCUCAACGAACACGCUCGCGUCUACUGCGGGUUUGCUGGAAUCAAAGACGUCAAGUUGAACACGCACGAAGACAGAAUGGACUCGUUUGUUCUGGCGGAGACAUUCAAGUAUCUCUACCUCCUGUUCUCGGAGGAGGAGGACCUUGUGUUGGACAUGGACGACUUUGUCUUCAACACUGAGGCUCAUCUCUUCCCGCUCUCUCUGGCCACCUCUCCUCUUCCUCCCUCUCCCUCCUCCACAACCUCUCCCUCUUCAUCCGUGUACGUUAAUGCCACCGAGUCGACUGACCAAUCAGGAGGCCCCGACGCUGCCACACCCACUGAUGUCGGGGGCAACGAGAGCGUGGUGAUGACGCGACCUCUGGUGUGCCAGAAGGACAGUUUCGCUGCUCCCUACAUCCAGGCCGAUCGCUACCGGAGGAUGAUGCUGCAGCAGUGCACUGUCUCCAGAUUUGGCAUACGGCCUCCUCCUCAGAGGAAGAGGAGUGACGGGUCGGUGUACCAAUCUCGUCUCUCGGUCAGCAGUCUCGACUUCAGCGAUCGAGAACAGUUGAGUCUGCUCAAAGACAUGGGGAUCGUGAUCCAGGCCAUGUCCGAUGGCCGCGUUCAGAUCUCUCACACCAUGCAGCUGGCCCGUAACCAGGAGGAUGCGGAGGAGGGUUGGUACCUAAUGCAGGAGAUCAUCAAAGCCAUGGAUGCCCAGAGGGCCAUGGGUGGAGGAGGAGGAGGAGGUGGAGGGACAAGGGAGGCCAAGCAGGUGUGGAUUCUCUCACCAGACGUAGAGGACGACAAGAUUGCCGUGGGACCUGCUCUGUUUGGACCUGACCUCGGGGGAGACAAGGACUACCAGGUAGCAGCAGGGCUGGUGAUACUGGAGGAGAGCUCGAAGGCCUGUUCCACUCUCCCUGGAGACCUGGGGCUGAGCGGGAAGAUCGUCCUCAUCCCCCGAGGCGGCUGCCUCUUUGUACAGAAGGUACGCGAGGCUCAGAAAAUGGGAGCAGUUGGCGUCAUCAUUGAAGACAAUGUACUGACAGAUCAUAACGCUGACUCCUUGCCCCAAACCUUCUCCAUGAGUGGAGAUACCACAUCGGGCGAUAUUCAGAUACCGUCGGUCUUCAUGUUGGCAGAGGACGGAGCGAGACUCAGGGACGUCGCGGCUACCAGCUAUGGGGAAGAGGUGUUUGUUCUGCUCACCUGGACGAGGAAGAAGGGGGAGGAGGGGGGAGAGGAGGAGGAGGGGGAGGAGGAGGGGGGAGGAGGGUCAGGGUGAAGGGAGUGACAGUUGGAAAAGGACAGCAGCGGGGGACAGCAAUAGGCAAUCUUCACCUUCUCACAGCUCAUAUGAUGAAAAUUCAAAUCAUUAGUACACUGCAUUUUUAUCUAUUGUUGCACUGAUCGAUGAUUAAUAACAGAGCAUAUUAUUUGGAAACACUAACGGAAUGUGGUGAUGAUUGCAAUAA